AUGGACGAAGGCAUCACCAUGAGCGUGCUGGAGAGGAGGUUCAGGAGGAGCUACCACCCGGCGUGGUCAGCGGAAUUCAUCCUAGACCCGCUAUACCUCAUCAAGGACGUCAGCGGGCGGUACCUCCCGCCGUUCAAGUACCUGACGCCGGAGCAGGAGAAGGACGUGGACAGGCUGAUCACGAGGCUAGUGUCGCCGGAGAUGGCACACCUGGCGAUGAUGGAGCUGAUGAAGUGGCGGUCGGAGGGCCUGGACCCGCUGAGCGCACAGGCGGUGCAGGUCCGGCAGCCCGACCCGGCGACGGGGAAGAUGAAGAUCGCCAACAAGUAG